AUGGAGGAACCAAGAGGCUCUUUAGAGCCAGCAGGCGGGAAGCUUUCGUCUACCUCGGACCAGGACUUCGACGACAGCGACUCCCAAGAAAACAUGGGCCGCCACAACUCUGCGCAUUCUGCGCAUGCUUCCAAGCAGCAGCAGGACUUGGAACUCGCAAAGACGAAGUCAAUCGCAGAGACCAUGUCUCCACUCCGCGAAGCUUUCUUUGUUGGCUUGCUCUGCUCUGCUCAGUUCGUUACACAAGCAGGUCUGCUCGGCACUCUCAACAUCUUGCACAUCAUUGGAUCCGAUCUUGGUAUCACCGACCCCGGCGUUCUGUCCUGGCUAAUAGCGGGUUAUUCGUUGACAGUCGGAACCUUCAUCCUGUUAUCUGGCCGUUGUGGAGAUCUCUUCGGAUACAAAAACAUGUUGAUCAUCGGCUAUAUCUGGUUCGGCGUCUGGAUGAUAGUAGCCGGCUGCAGCGUUUAUAUCGAAGGCAAUGGCGGCCAGGUGCUUUUCAUCUUCUCGCGCGUGCUGGGAGGUAUUGGACCGGCAAUUUUACUGCCCAAUGCGCUUGGCCUACUAGGCGCGACGUACAACGAGGGGAAGAGGAAGGAUAUGGUGUUCUCGCUAUUUGGAGCAUGCGCACCCGGUGGUGGUAUAGCUGGCGGCGCGUUCGCUGGUCUCUGGGCGCUCUUAUGGUGGCCAUGGGCAUUCUGGACGUUCGGUAUUGCGCUGUUCUGCCUUGCCAUUUUGUCGAUCUUCAUCCUCCCCUCAGUACCGCUCGAUCCGGAAGUUCGCAAUCUCUCGCACAGGGAACGAGUUCGUGAGCUUGACCUACUCGGUGCAAGUGUGGGCAUUACCGCCAUGAUCCUGUUCAACUUCGCCUGGAACCAAGCGCCUGGUUUUGGAUGGGGACACCCCUACAUCUACGUCCUGCUAAUAGUCGGCCUUCUUCUCUUUCCGCUUUUCUUUUGGAUCGAGAUUAAAGUCGCCAAGAAGCCUCUCAUCCCAUUUGAUGCUCUCAGCACGGAUGUCUCGUUCGUGUUGACUUGCAUAGCCUGUGGCUGGGCCGCUUUCGGUAAGAGUCGCCUUUCCAGAUACCUUUGA